AUCAAAUCACAGAGCUCUGCAACACAGCCACAAUGCGGCAGCUGCAGCUCCUCAUCCUCCCCUUCCUAUACUGCCUUUUCCUCUUCCAAACCUCCAAUGCCCACAACAUCACCAGCCUCCUCGCGAAACACCCAUCCUUCUCCACCUUCAACCACUACCUCUCCCUCACCCACGUCGCCCCUGAAAUCAACCGCCGCACUACCAUCACCAUCCUCGCCCUCGACAAUGCCGCCAUGUCCUCCCUUCUCUCCGAAAAUCCCUCCGUCUACACCCUCAAAAACAUCCUCUCCCUCCACGUCCUCCUCGAUUACUUCGACUCCAAGAAACUCCACCAGAUCACCAACGGCACCGUGCUCACCGCCACCAUGUUUCAGGCAACUGGGUCUGCCCCGGGAAGUUCUGGGUUCAUCAAUAUCACCGAACUCAAGGGUGGCAAAGUUGGGUUUGGAGCGGAAGACAAUGCUGGGGUUUUGAACGCUUACUUUGUCAAGGCAUUAGAGGAGAUCCCGUACAACAUUUCCGUGAUUCAGAUCACCAAGGCUCUGCAAUCAGCUGCAGCGGAUGCGCCAACGCCUGGCCCGAGUGAGCUUAACUUGACUGAUAAAAUGUCGGCUCACGGUUGCAAGGUGUUUGCUGAUACACUGCUGUCAAAUCCUGAAGCCAUGGGCACUUAUCAGGAUAAUAUUGAGGGAGGAUUGACAGUUUUCUGCCCUCUUGAUGAACCAAUGAAAGCAUUUUUGCCCAAAUACAAGAACUUGACCGCAGCAGGGAAUACAGCUUUCCUCGAAUUCUUUGGUAUUCCUGUAUACCAAUCUAUGUCAAUGUUGAGAUCCAACAAUGGCCUCAUGAACACGCUGGCAACUGAUGGGGCAAACAAUUUCGAUCUCACUGUGCAAAAUGAUGGGAAUGAUGUGACGCUCAAGACCAAGGUGAACACCGUGAAGAUCACUGGAACGUUGCUGGAUGAGGAGCCGGUGGCAAUCUAUACAAUCGAUAAGGUGUUGAUGCCUUCGGAGUUGUUUAAGGCAGCUCCUACUCCUCCUCCUGCCCCAGCUCCAGUAGAGGCUGCAGAUAAGGGAAAAGCUAAUGCAGCACCAACACCAGAGGCAGACUCACCAGAUGGGGAUCCGGCAGACCAAACGGCUGAUAAUAAUAAUGCUGCUGGGAGAAUUGAAGCUGAAAUUUUUGCUGCUGCUGGUGCUGGAUUGAGCUUGUUGUUAGGGCUUUUGUAAGUCUUAUUUAAUCAUUUCUAUCUUUUGUAGGAAUAAUUUAGACCUAAUAUGGGCUAAGUUAAUUAGUAGAGCGAUUGUGUUCAUUUUUUCUUCUUUCAUUUUUCUCUUUUGAUAAAUGUUUCUAAUCUGUGUGUGUAUGUGUGGUGAGGUUUCUUCUUGAUUUAAUUAUACCUAGCUGCUGCUUGUAAUUUUUUUUCAUUUGGGUUGUAAGCUUGGUUAGUAUUGAAUACCAACAGAUGAUGUAGAUUUGCUGAUACACAUUAUUUGUUCUGU